AGGCUAACCAUUUACUUUUGGUCGAUGGCGUAAAUUCGGACCCGAUUCCGUCUCUUCUCUACAGCUGUCUUUCUCAAAACUCCAUUAUCAUCGUCGUCAUCUCUCUCGUUUUCUCUCUUCCCUCUGCUUCUUCUUCUUCUUCUUCUUCUUCUUCUUCUUCUUCUUUCACUCUCCUAUUUUUCAUAUCCAUUUUUCAAUUCAUCAUUCAUUUAUUCAUUUACCAUUUUCAUUUCUGUUUCAAUCUUCGCCUUCCCUCUUGCCUAUUCUUCCUCUUCUUCUUCUUUCUCCUCCUUCCAUUUCCACCUCUUGAUUCGUAAUGUCUGUUUGUUUUGAGGGCUCUUGAUUCCAUUUCUUCAACACCCAUUUUUCCUUGUUUUAUUGACAUUUUUUCACUUGGGUUUUCUUUCUUCUGCUCUUUUAUUGCAUUUUGUAAGACUUUUUCGAAACUUUUUUUCCCCUGUUUCCUUCUGGGUUCUAAUCUAAAUCACUGUUCUUCUUGGAGGUUUUGAUUUUCUCGACCAAUUUUGAAUACAUUGAUGAUUCAGAUCUCUGGUUAUUGUUUGGUUUUCUGCAAUUUACGCUCUUCUUCUUUUUGUUCCUUCUGUUGAUUUCAGUCACUUGAUUCGUAAUGUGCAUUGGUUUCGGGGGUUGAUUCAAUCUGUUUGUUGCUUCGAAGGGAAGAAGAAUCUGCCACUUUUAAGUUUCUUUUUUAUUUGGUUGCUUGUUUUUAGCUGAUGGACAAGGAAAAGCCCCAAAGCCAUGGGGGAGGAUUUCUGCACCAAUCAAGUCGUUACUCGGGUUUUUCAUCUGCUGAAAGUAGUUUCAAUGGAAAAUCUGAGGCAACUUCGUCUUCCAUGUCAUUCCCUCCAUUGGCUCCGAGUACUAAUUCUGAUUGGGGUCAAUCUGGCCGUGGAUUGUCCACCGAUUCCACUCGGUUCAGCCAUGAUAUUAGUCGGAUGCCUGAAAAUCCACGGAGAAAUGUUGGUCAUAGGCGUGCCCAUUCAGAGAUCCUGACCCUCCCAGAUGAUAUUUGUUUCGAUAGUGACCUUGGUAUCAUUGGCGGGGCUGAUGGGCCUUCUCUUUCUGAUGAUACUGAGGAAGAUUUGUUGUCCAUGUACCUUGACAUGGAUAAAUUCAAUUCCUCGACUGCUACUUCUGCAAAUCAAGUUGGUGACUCAUCCUCUCCCCUUGUAGAAGCAGCUGCAGCAACUUCUACAGAUGAUAUUGCUGUUGGAUUGAAGGAGAGACCCAGAGUUAGACAUCAGCAUAGCCAGUCCAUGGAUGGUUUGACAAACAUUAAGCCUGAGAUGCUUGUCUCUGGGUCUGACGAAGCCUCUGCAGCUGAUACCAAGAAAGCCAUGUCAGCUGCAAAGCUUGCUGAGCUUGCGUUGAUUGACCCCAAACGUGCCAAAAGGAUAUGGGCAAACAGACAGUCGGCUGCACGGUCAAAGGAAAGAAAGAUGCGAUACAUUGCUGAACUUGAACGGAAAGUUCAAACUUUGCAAACAGAGGCAACUUCUUUGUCUACUCAGUUGACCCUCUUACAGAGAGAUGCAAAUGGUAUCACUGCCGAGAACAGUGAACUAAAGCUGCGGUUGCAGACAAUGGAACAGCAGGUUCACCUGCAAGACGCUUUAAAUGAAGCACUGAAAGAAGAAAUUCAGCAUCUGAAAGUCUUGACUGGCCAAGCAAUGCCAAACGGUAGAUCAAUUACAAACUUUGCUUCCUUUGGAGCCGGCCAACAGUUCUAUGCUCCAAACAAUCAAGCAGUGCAUACUUUGUUAACUGCCCAACAGUUUCAGCAACUUCAAAUACAAUCCCAACAGCAGCAGCAACAGCAUUUUCAAUACCAACAACUGCAUCAGCUUCAGCAACAACAGGCUCCAGACACAAGAAUGAAAGGGUCCAUAUCUCCUCAAAGCUCAAAAGACUCGGCAUUCGACACGAAGCCGCCUACCACUUGCUGAAGGAUCUUCACGCCCAAGACAGGCACAAAACAUGCUGCUUCAGAUAGAAAUUCGAAAUCAAUAAGUUUAUGUCUGGAUAUGCGACUGGUUACCAUGUACCUUAGUGUUUGAUAUUUGUCGGAAAUGGACAAGCUCUCUCCAUUGAAGUUGCGGUAACUUAUUUAUGAGGGUUGCUUUUUAUUUAGCUCUUGCUUAUUCCCUUCUGAUACGAGAGAAUGAUCUUUGCUGUUUUCUUUUAUUUGAGGCCUUCAAGAGAAAUGUGGCUUUAGAGAGGAAAUCAAUUACCCGAUUGAGAAUUGAUUUUGAUCAUGUUGGAAAAUGGCAUUCAAGUUUCUGGAAGUGCAAGUUAGGACCUUCAAACUUAAAAGCCCAAAUACAUUUCCGGUCUUUAAAAGCUUAGGGGCUGUUUGAGCUUUUUGUAUCUGGUUCUUAAAAAAUAGGUUCAUCUGUUGACCAUUUUGAUUUUCUAUUUAAUAUUUUAAGAACGGCUUAAAUUGUUCAAAAUACCUGUUUGUGGUUUGUAUCAAUUGUGUUUCAUUUCAAAUUUUUACCUUUCAACAAUAAAAUUUGUUUCCAUGUAUACAACAAAAUCCUUUAUGUCAUUUAAAAAUAAAGUAACGUUGUCUUAUUAAAUAA